AUGCCGUCGUUCGUCUCGCUUAUUCCGGAGCCUGAUUGUGCCUGUGUUCGUGUUCACCCUCUCACUAACCGCGCUGUAUUCUACUGCUGUACCCGUACCACCUCACUCCAAGCCAGGCAAUCCGCUUGCUUUGUCACCGAGUCUCUUCGGUGGCAAAAAAAGAGGGCUCAAUAUGUCACCGUCACCAACAAACCCAACCCCAAUCCCAAACCCAAACCCCUCCUCAAUGCGUCCCGUGCCUAUAAUCCGCACGGUUGCAAACGCAAUAAGCUCGACUGUGUCUGGCCUGAACCACAGCCUGCCAAGGGACCAUCACGGUCUUCAUUCGGUGCUGCAUCCACAAGCUCACAGCAGAGUGUUGCUUCGCUGAGACAGGGCCACGAUGCCGACUCGGUGAAUGACCCGGUCAUACCGGACCCGGUGCCGGAGGAGGACCGAGCUGCUGAGAAUCCCGAUGUACCCCAGAAUGGCGACAGUUCUCCGGUGCAUGGGCAUGGGCAAGGGCAAGGGGACACCCACAUGGUCGAUGCUGAAGCUGAUGUGGAUAUCAUCGAAGCUGUUGAUGAUGUUGAUCAGCCAUCUCCUUCACAGUCAUCCAACUCAUCAGACUCACCGACUGUUAUCACGGCAUGGGAUGCAGAUACCGCCAACGCUCUCACUCUCGCUCUGCCGCCGUCCCCAGACACAGGACUCUCAUUCAAUGUCAAUGGAGCUAUUACUAUGCCAAUGUCGAUGCUACCUGAACAGGGUCAUCAGUCAUAUGAGCUUCUCAGCUACUACCUGUCACGAACAGCCAAUAGCAUGGGGAACGGUUCCACAGACGUGAAUCCCUUCAUCGCCAAGCUUAUACCAUUGGCAUUCUCAAAACCUCUCGUGUUACAACUCAUCCUCGCUCAGAGCGCUGCACAUCGUCAGGCAUCAGCAGAGCGACACCCAAGCGAUGAGAUCGCGCAGAGGUAUUACACCGACUCGCUGCGAAUGUUUAGGAAUGUCGUUGAUGAGUAUGUAUCUGGAAAUGCCGAGAACACCCUCGUCUUGACAGUCGGUAGUCUUAUUAUGUGUUUGACUGAGGUUGCCAAGGGAGAUAUUCACGGCACAAUAUUUGACCAUCUAUCAGCGUCCAAGUCAUUAGUGAGCACAUUACUCACGGGGACGCAGAACAUGGUAUACGACGACCUACCUGACUUUCUAAUCGAGUACUACAUGCAUAUCGCAGCCACCAGUAUGAUCUCGAUUGAUCCCCAGUACAACUCACAGUCAUUGCUCAGCCCCGACAUUGAAGUCCGGGCCAGAAACUUGGUUGCAAGAAAGUAUGUCGGCCAACUAUGUGGCUGCUGGCUCGAAAUCCUCAUCCUUAUAUCCCAGAUCUUUCACCUAGGACAAGUAAUGUCGUUACCAACUGCCGAUGGAGAGAUCUCACCAAGCCCCGACAAUAUUGUCAAUUUCGCUUUCCUCCAAUCUCAAGUAAUGGGCUUCUUCCCAGAUCCUUCCGUCACGCCAUACACGCGUCUUGCGGGCCUGGUAUGGAAACAAGCUGCCCUCCUAUAUCUCUGGACAGUCCUCGGGAAACCCCAUCAGCAACCUGAAGGCAGCUUCCAACGAGCAUUAGUAGAAUCAGCCGUCACUGAAGCAGUGGCAUUGCUUGAUCAGUUCCCCGCUUCGCACGUCAGAUCCCACAGUCCAACAGGUCUUGAGGACGCGGUUGCAGACUAUGUUGGACACAAUUGGGCUGGGGAAUAUGAGACAAACACUGGUGCUAUUGGAGCAUAUUUGGGAGCAGCCGCCGGACCAAGUCAGUCCUUGGAUGCUAUGUAG